AUGACACUUUUUUACCACGGAUCCCUUCAGGAGGGCAUUGCUGCUGCAGUGAGAGAUGCCAAAGCGGUUACUUGCUUUGUUAGAGAUGACGAGGAGUUGAGCUCUCAAUGGGAAGACGCUUAUUUUGGUGAUUAUGAGGUCGCGGAAGCACUCAAUGCCAAAGCAGUUGUAUUGCGCUUGACAGCGGGGUCACAGGAGGCUGGAUUCCUGGCCUCUUUCUGUCCGAUCUCGAAAUUUCCGACUGCUGUCCUUAUCAAGAAUGGCACGCUGAAGGAAUACAUUGGGCCAGAUGUCUCGAAAGAUGACUUCCGCAGUCGAUUGAUUGCAGCUUUGGGAAAUGAGCAGAAGCUCGGUCCUACGCAGCAACUGCGAGGGAAUGACAUUCCUACCGCUUCAACUAGUAAUGCGCCGGCGUCAGUCGCGCCAUCCAAUGCUAGCAAACCCGCAAAUCAAGCAAUCGGUAUGGCAAUCGAGAAACGAUCGCCGGUUGAACAAAUACCCAAGAAAGCUACAGAACCUGCAAAUUCAGCAGGCUCUACGCCUCAAAAGCACUUAUCAUCCAAAGAAGCAAGCAAUAAAGACAUUAAAGGCAAAGCACCGGUGGGGUCUAAGAAGCCCACUGGCAAACGUGUUGCAAAGAGCGAGCUCCAAGGGCCAAAACCUGUAGUCCCUCGAGGACCUCCGACCGAGUACCGGUUACAAGUGCGCCUGUUUGAUGGAAGCUCUGUGCGAUCUAGCUUUACACCCACUCAGACAAUCCGAACUGAUGUACGGGCUUGGCUUGAUCAGAAGAUGGAAGGCGACAACCGGCCCUACAACCUCAAACAUAUCUUAACCCCCCUCCCUAGCGAAACUCUUUCUGUCACCCAAGAGUCCCAAACUCUUCGAGACUCGGGUCUCGGUUCCACAGCGAAUCUAGUCAUGGUUCCGGUAUCAACAUACACGGAGGCCUACUCCACAGCGGGUAGCUUGCCCGUUCGUGGUAUCUCUGCCGCCUACAACCUGGCGUCUUCUGCCGCCAGUACUGCAACAGGUUUUCUGAGUUCAUUGUUAGGAUAUGGCUCAACCGCACCGGCAAAUGGUGCAACCACCUCUUCGCCAUCUCCGGCUACUGGCAGCUCUACUAGGAUUACGGGGCCUAAUAUUCGCACGCUGAGGGAUCAACAAGAUGGACGUGAGAAUACUCAGCUCUACAACGGGAACCAGCUAAACUUCGAGCCACGAAAGAACCAGGAUGACAAGGACAGAUAA